AUGGUGGCGUUGUUCUCUGCACAUCAAUGUGAAUUAGGAUUUUAUUAUGAUAUCAAUCAGCAAAUUUGCUAAGAGGUAAUUUUACCUAGAUUGAAAGCUUUCUUAGAUCCAAUUUAUUAUAUUGAUUCGAAGGCGGAUACUUUAAUCGAGUUAGGGACAAGAAAGUAUCCAUUUAAGUCGUUUGAUGAUCCGUUUCGAGAGCUAGUAAAUAAUGCUGAUCUAAGCUCCCAUUUAAAUGUUACUGUUUAUCUUAAGAGAAAUACUACUUCAACAAUUUUCUUUAAAGAUCAUCCAGUUUUAAUCAUCAACCUUAAUAUCAAAAUACUACCUUAAGUUAUCUUUAAUCCAACUCUUAAUGAAGAUGGUUCUAUUAAAGAUUAUCAUCUGGCACCUUUAGUCGAAAAAGGGUAGUUAGAUGCUAUUUUCUUAACUCAAAUAAUGUACAAAAUACAAUUGAUUAAUUCAGGUGCUUUCCUUAAAAAUAUAAAUUUAAUGGAUGGAAAAAUUAAAACAUUCAGCGCAAUAGGAGGAUUUUUUUAUUCAUAUUGGUCACCUUACAAGUGGCUUAUAUUUGAUGAGUGCCAUUUUAAACUAUCCUUCCAUAUUUUAUUCACAUAAUCUGGGACGAAUCUAAUGAUAAUUAAUUCUUAUUGGGAUGUCUCGAUUAAUGUCUUGUCUUUAUUCAUAGUUAGUUCAUUAGACUGUGAGGUUUAUAAAUACAAGGAAAUUCAAGGAAACUUAAUAAUAAAUAACAACACUAUUGAGAAGAAAACCGCAGCAAAUCCUAACGCAAUAUUUUACACUUUACAAAGAUGGAAUGUUUAGUUCACUAACAAUAGACUGAUUGAUGUUAUCUGGAAGUAUCCUUAAAAAGUAUUUAUGCAUGAAUAGUACUACUAUCCUUGCAGUUUCAAUCACUCAGUAACUUGGCUUUAUGAGAAUAAUAGCUUUAUUUUCACUUCUCAAGACUUGUCUUAUAUAGGAUUCUAUUUGUAGUUUUUAUACAUGCCAAAUUAUUACUAAGAGAUCAUAUUCAGAGGAAAUAUAUUUAUUAACAAUACCUUUGCCUAAUCUGGCUUACUCUAUAUUUCCUAGGAAACUACUUUAAACUAGAGAGUUCUUUUCGAAAACAAUACCUUUAAAAAUUGUUCAAAUAAAGCUAUUGAAUAGAGAAUGAUAUGGAUUUAGGCAGAAGAUAUUGUGAUGUAAAACAAUAGCAUUCAAGGUGGGGCUAUUUCAAGUGGAAUUUUUCUUUAAUCUAUAAAUGCUAAAGUAGAAAAUAUAUAGUUUCUAAAUGUUGGAAAAUUAGUAGGAUCUUCAACUCAAAAUUCUUUUAUUACAAUCUAAAGAACGAUAAAUGUUUCUCAAAUUAAUUCAACUACUUAGUUUUUGAAUCUUGGGGCAGUCAUUGAUAAUGGAAUGGGAAACCAACUUCAAUUAUUUAUAAACAAUCUAACUAUAGUUGAAAGUGGAUCAUUAUUCAGCUUAGAGCAUUCCUCCAAAGAUUGCAUGUUUAGGAACAUUCAGUUUAUUCAAAAUAAUGGGAGUUUUAUGGAACUCAAGCCUACUAAUUAAUUAGACUUCACUAAUCCUUAAGUUAUCUCAAUACUGGAUUGCCAAUUUAUUCAAAAUAAGAAUUCUCUAUUCCUCAAGAACUAUGGGUUUGGGAGAGGAUCAAUUCUAUUUGGAGAACAGAAAUACUCAUAUUGCACUAUUAAUAAUUCAAUCAUAGAUGGAAAUUAUGCAAAAUAUGGAGGAGUAUUUUAUGUUGAAAGAGAUUCACUCCUAAAAGUUUACGAUUCACUGAUAAUAAAUAACUUUGCAGUAAUUGGAGGAGUCCUUUAAUCAGUUAGUGAUGGGAUAGCUGUAAUGACAAAUAUUACAUUCAGGUACAAUUCAGCAUUAAUGGCUGGAUUGUUUUAUCUCUUUAAUAACUAAAAUCAGCUCUUGAUAGAAGGUGGUCUGAUAGAAAAAAACGGUUUUCAAUUUACUACAUUUAAAUAUCAAGAUUUCUACUUUUCCAAUAAAACAUAGUCCUAUCAAAAUCUUGAUAAAAUUUUAUCCUCUGACUUUUUAGAUGAAUUAUUCAGAGAUAAGGAGGAAUAUCAAUAGUUGUUAAAGAAGAUAGAGAACAAAUAAAAUUAUAAAAUUUAAAUAGUCAAAGCAACAUUUUAAACUAGCAAGGGGCUCGUUAUAAAUGAAUAGCCUUAACUACUUCUAGGUUAAUCAGGUUCACUCAUUAACCUCAAUGAUCUUAGUUACUAGAACACAUUUAAUAUAACUGAAAAUGCAAUUCAACUUGAUUAAUCAUAACUCUCACUGCUCAACUUUAAGAUCAUGAAUAUAAAGACAAUAAUACCUCUAAUUUCAUUGCAGUCAGACUCUGUUAUGUAGACAAUAAAUUUAACUUAUUAUAACUCGGAUGGACCGCUACUGUUUCUAAAAUCAUCAGUUUCUGGUCAUGAGAGUCUUAAAUUGAACAACUUGACAAAUGAUUUUAGCAAUUAUCCAAUGAUUAAAUUCAUGUCUGGAUCUCACAAUUUAAGCGAUACCUUAAUAGUAAAUAUUCGAACAUCUAUCAACAAAAAGAUAAAUGAUAUUAUUUCUGCAACUUCUACAACUCUUUCAGUGUAGUUUAAUAAGUAGGGGUAGUCCGUGCUUAAGUGCAUCGGGCUCUAAAAUCAUUCUGAUAUUAAGGAUUCAAUAUUUGAUGGAAAUUAUGCUCUAACUGAUGCUGGUGCUAUAAACUACUAUUGUACUCCUGAUUCUGAUAAAAUUAGCAAUAUUUUUAUCUCAAACUAUGCUUAAUAUGGCUAAAAUUAUGCUUCAUAUGCCUAUAGACUAAAAAUAAUCAAUGACUAUAAUAAUUUAGACUUGUAAAACCUAGUUAGUGGUUAAGACUUUUUAUCAGAUUUAUUAGUUGGUAUUUAUGAUUAAAAUGAUCAACUGGUUGUUAUUGAAAAUGACAGUGAGGCUAGUUUGUUUUCAGAAGAUAUUUAAUUGUAGAUUACUGGGCAGACUAAGGUCAGAGCAAGCAAUGGAAUAUAUAGAUUUAGAUCAAUAAACGUAGUCGCUAAACCUGAUUACUAAUCUCAAAUGAAAGUUUAAUCUAACUCUAUAGAUGAAUAAAAAAUUCGAAUUACAAUGAUUGACAAUUAGCAAUCUCCUCAAAGUAUAUCAAAUCUUAACUUGGAUGUGAGAUUUAGAGAGUGUAUUAUUGGGGAAGUGCUUCAAAAUAAUAUGUGUGUAUUUUGCUAAAAGGGUACAUUUUCUUUGGAUCCCUCACAAACUUAGUGUUAAAGAUGCUUGGAUUAGACAACUUGCAAUGGAGGAGCAGAGAUAAUUUUGGAUCAAGGUGAUAUAAAGGAAAGCUAUGUACUUAAUGUACUGGAUUAGUAAAUGGAACAAUAUAUGCCAGGACAAGUCCUAUAGUUUGCACAGAGUGUUAACCAAUUCAUAUUUAAGUUCUCUCUUUGA